AUGCGCCGAUCCGCCGCCCGGCUUCUCGCUGCCUCCGAUAGCCCCGUCUCUGCUCCGGCCGGGCCACCUCCUCUCCGCCUCCUCUCCGCCUCCUCUCUCUCCUCUGUCUUCGUCUCCGUCCACUGUUCUCGUCUCCAUCCACCUUCCUCCUCAUCCAACUCAGCCCGGGUACUGUACCGGGGCGCCGACGCCUCUCGGGCUCUCGUCAGGUGCGGGCUGGAUGCGGAGGGCCGGCGAGAGCGGCGGCAGCAGGGCGGCGGUCGGAGCUCUGCACCGUGGAGGCGGCGGGGCCGGGCUAGAGCUGUGGAAGAUUUUCAGGAGAAGCUGGAGUGCUGCUUUGGGUCUCUGGUGGGGUCCAAUGUUUCCAUCACUGCCCAGGGAUCCCAGGGCCUUCCUCCUCACUAUGAUGAUGUUGAGCCAGGUGACUUACUGUACUUCCCAAGAGGGACCAUCCACCAAGCUGACACUCCUCUUGGGACCUCCCAUUCCACACACGUGACCAUCAGUACCUACCAAAACAACUCUUGGGGAGAUUUCUUACUGGAUGCAGUUCCUGGCCUGGUGUUUGACACAGCAAAAGAUGACGUGGCGCUGCGGACGAGCAUCCCGAGGCAACUGCUGAUGGAUGAAAUUCGCAGGGAGAUGGUUUAUGUGUAUCAUUCCUUAAGGAACAGGAGAGACACUCCCACGGUGGGGACAGAUGACACUGCCAGUGAGGAUGGCACGGCCCAGACUCACAGGCUGCGCUUUCCUUUGUCAUACUUGGAAGCACUGAAGCAGAUUUGGAGUAGCAGCACUGUUCAUGUUAAAGAGCUUAACCUCACCUCAGAUGAAGAGAAGGAAAACCUUGCCUUGUCCCUGUGGAGUGAAUGUCUGACUGAAGUUCUUUGAUGCUUCUGUGAAUUAGCUGCUCCUCUGAAGGAGUGUUUCUGUCUAUUAAGCAUCUCCUGAGAGCGAGGCUUAUUAAAUUACUUUUUUAUCCA